GAAUUUCCGCCGACGGUUGAAUAGGGUCACCUACAAAUAUAUGCACUUUGUCAUAUUCGGGGCAGAUGGACUUCCUGCUCGAUCAACUUCCUUCCCAGAUAUACCCCAUAUAGCUGACAGUCAUCCCAAGUACGAUGACUAAACUACGACGCCGAAAGCUCGAGUAUGACUCAGUUCAAGUCCACCAAGCUGCCAUUGCGCAGUUCGAGCGUCGAACUCCAAAUGUGACAAAGCGUGCCUCACGCCGAUUCCGCGCAGGUGAUUGUAUAUGGUAGGGCCCCUCGGGCCGGUACAAAAGCAUGUCACUGGCAUCAAGAGCAGGGACCAGACCUGUUUAAUACCCAAGCCGCUCGGCUACAUCCUGAUGGCAUCGGCAACCGCUGACAAAACCGAACCAUACUUUCCUCUUGCGGGUGUCGCCUCCGAUGGCUGGUCGAACGACGAUGAGGCGACCGCGACCUGUUUCUGCGGCGCCGUACAGCUCGCGUUCCCUACUUCCGGUCCAGGCUUGGUCGGCACCUUCGUCUGCCACUGCACCGAUUGCCGGAAGAUCACCGCGUCUAUGUUCGCAACCAACUUCACCAUCGACGACGCGUACUUGAAGCAUCUUCGCGGGCGCGAAAACCUCUCGAGCUGGGGCCAGAGCAAGACGAUCAAACGCGGGACGAAGAUGACCAACUACUUUUGCAAGACGUGCGGCACGCUCAUGUACCGCGUCGGCGAGGCGUUCCCGGGAAAGAGCAUCCUCCGCGUCGGCACCGUAGACGAUUUCUCGCUGCAUGAGACUAAGCUGAAGCCAAAGCGGGAGUUCUUUGUCAAGGAUAAGGUGGGAUGGCUCACGAGUUGCGUGGAUGGUGCCGUGCAGUUUGAGACGAUGCCCGGUAUGUAGAAGUCGAGGAGAGGGCGGGCCAUCGUAUCGUGGUCUCGGACAUGGCAUCGUAUAUGCGGAGGUGUAUCACUUCAAUGGAUUAGUUCAUGUAGUACUGGUUGCGUCGUAUUCAAGCUUCUCGCCGCAAUCAUC